GUGGGCUCGAGGGGGCGGUGGUGAACUACACGACGUUAUUUAGAUGUAUGUAACUAGUCACGCAUGGGUGAAGUUGGCUAAUAACUCAUCUCGGCUUAAACGUUAGCGAAGUAGCGCUUGAGAUACAGCCUAGGAUACCUAGAGUGUGACCGGUGACCUUUGGCCGCUGUGGCCGUGACAGUGUGAGUCCCGACCGGGGAGGAGCAGUGAGUGACACACGGUAGUUGGUUCGUUAGCCUGUUUAGCUCAGACAUCAGGAAGAAGAGUCACAGCCUGCUCCAGCUCCGGGGAGAAGGAGAGCCAGUCCGCGGUCAUGGCUUCCCUCAGUAACUCGGGGGCCACCUCCAGUCCCAUGGUCAUCCUUGCGCCCAAGACUAAAACGAAAAAGAAACAUUUCGUGCAGCAGAAGGUGAAAGUUUUCCGAGCCAGUGACCCUGUCCUGAGCGUCUUUAUGUGGGGCGUGAAUCACUCGAUCAAUGAUCUGAACCAAGUACCAGUUCCUGUCAUGCUUCUGCCUGAUGAUUUCAAAGCAAACACUAAGAUUAAAGUCAACAACCACCUUUUUAACAAAGAAAACCUCCCUGGACAUUUCAAGUUCAAAGAAUACUGUCCUCAGGUCUUCCGAAAUCUAAGGGAACGGUUUGGUAUUGAGGAUCUGGAUUAUCAGGUGUCGUUGACUCGCAGCCCCCCAGCGCGGAGUGUGGACGACCAGGGUGAGGGUCUGCUCCUCAACUCUUACGAUCGUACACUGGUCAUCAAACAAAUAUCCAGUGAAGAUGUUGCAGAUAUGCACACUAUCCUGUCUGAGUAUCACCAGCACAUAGUGAAGUGUCAUGGUAGCACUCUGCUGCCUCAGUUCCUGGGCAUGUACCGCGUCGGUGUGGACAGUGAAGAGACGUACCUGAUCGUCAUGAGGAACAUGUUCAGCCACAGACUGGUGGUGCACAGGAAGUAUGACCUGAAGGGCUCACUGGUGUCUCGAGAAGCAAGUGACAAAGAAAGGGUAAAAGAACUUCCUACCUUUAAGGACAUGGAUUUCAGGAACAACAUGCAGAAGGUUUAUGUCACUGAGGAACAGAAGGAGAAGUUUAUGGAGAAACUGAACAGGGAUGUGGAGUUUUUGGUGAAGUUAAAGAUCAUGGACUACAGCUUGCUGCUUGGUAUCCAUGACAUGGGCCGUGCUGAACGGGAGGAGGAGGAAGGUGAGGAGGUUUCAAAUGAAGAAGAACAGGAGGCGGAGAACGGCCUGGCGCCGGCGGCUGCAGUCGGCUCUUACGGCACCUCUCCUGAAGGCAUCGCUGGUUACAUGUCGUCCUGCAAACCUCUGGGGCCUGGGGAGUUCGACCCAUAUGUGGAUGUAUACGCGAUCAGGAGCUGCUCGGGAGCUCCUCAGAGGGAGGUCUACUUCAUGGGCCUGAUUGACGUACUUACCCAGUACGACACCAAGAAGAAAGCCGCUCAUGCAGCAAAAACUGUCAAACAUGGGGCCGGGGCUGAAAUCUCCACAGUCCACCCUGAGCAGUACGCCAAGCGAUUCCGUGACUUCAUCUCAAAUAUUUUUGCAUAACACUAAGUUACAAAUAGUGCCAGUCGGCUAAUUCAUGUGAGAGUUCAAAGUCUAUUUUACCAUUGACCCAAAAAAAAAAAAAGUAUGCACAUACAGAUCACUGUGUAUAGUGAUCUGAAGCAACACUCCAUACGUUGUAGCAAUCUGAUGUACUACUUCUAAUGCAUAUAUUUAUUUUUAAGAUUUAAAAUGUUUUCUUAGAGCUAUUAAACAUUCGUAAAUAUAAUAACUGGAGCAAUAAGGUACUUAUGGGAAACAAACUGCUGUUGAUCAGUGUUUAUAGUGUUCUAUCAGAUCAGUACUAGAUCAAAUGUCUGUUCUUUUCUUUUCCAGCCAUUUUGCUUUGUUUUCACAGACAUGUACUGAAACUUAAUCAUAUAAUCAUCUAGUGGAGAUGAGUAAUACGUUUGAAGAGUAAUUGUCUAUAUGAGCAGGCCAUGUGAAUGUUUAGAGUGCCAAAUGUCUUGGAUCAGAGCUUUUACAUGUGAGAUCGCACAAUUAAAGGAACCUUUUGUGAAUAUUGUGAUACAUCAAAUGGCACCAAAGACCUGUCAAUGGAAACAAGGGGUUCUAGUUAAUUAGGAAGCAUAUCAAACUAUUUAGACUCUAAGCAUUUUGCCAAGCAUUUAUGUCUUAGCUACCAAAGCCUGUUAAGGGAACAUGAGGUGACUGACCCUUUCUUUACCCACGUGACCACCGAGCUGAGCCUGCGUUAAUGAAGUGGCCGGUCCAUAUCCUCGGAUCAGUCCUGCCUUUUAAAAUCAGAGAUCACGUGUGGAAUUUGAUCUCACAAGCAACACAAACACAGCAACUCCUGGGAACAGCCCAUACCUCAUAUGAAGUCAUGUUGAACACAGUGUUGUGUUUUGUGCAUUAAAAUGGCUAAUGUGUGCUAUGUGAAUUGUGAUAGGAUAAUAUUUAGAAACAUAUAUAUAGCAACACAGUUAGGAACUACUGUCUGUAUAUUGUAAUGAAAGUGUAUUUAGUGAUAACCAGAGUACUGUGUUAAACUUUUUUAAAAAUAACACUACAUGUCAGUAGCUUAUGCAGUUAGCCUUAAAGUGAGAUGAUACAGCAUUCCCAAACACAGACCAGGCAGAGUGGAUACAAUGCUGUACACUGCCUCAGAAACAAACCUGAUGAUUGCACAUGUUGUAUUUUUGCAAAUCAGCUUUUGGACCAAAAUAUAUUUUACGAAGAA